AUGAAGAACCAAACUGCUAUCACGGAGUUCAUUCUUCUGGGAUUUUCCUAUGGACUGCAGGUUCAGACCUUACUUCACCUGGUCUUUCUGGUCACCUACAUGGUAACAAUCACUGAGAAUACAAUCAUCAUCUUUGUGGUGAAAAGGAACCUUCACCUCCAAAAGCCUAUGUAUUAUUUCCUGGGGAACUUGUCCUUCCUGGAGAUCUGGUAUGUCUCGGUAACAUUGCCUCGGCUUUUGUUUGGGUUCUGGACACAGAGCAUGACCAUCUCGUUCUCCAGCUGCAUGACCCAGCUAUACUUCUUCAUCUCCCUUAUGUGCACUGAAUGUGUCCUCCUGGCUGUAAUGGCCUAUGACCGCUAUUUGGCUGUCUGUCACCCCUUGCGCUACCCAGCCAUCAUGACCCACAAAUUGUGCUUUCAGCUAUCGAUUCUUUCAUGGGCGGGAGGGUUUUCCAUUUCCUUAGUCAAGGUGUCUUUUAUUUCACGCCUCACAUUUUGUGGUCCGCAUGUCAUAAACCACUUCUUUUGUGACAUCUCUCCUGUCUUGAACCUCUCCUGCACUGACAUGUCCCUUGCAGAGACAGUGGACUUUGUAUUAGCUUUGGUGAUCCUGUUGAUACCUCUCCUGAUCAUUAUUUUCUCUUACUGCUGUAUCUUGUCAACUAUUUUGUGUAUGCCUUCAGCCCAGGGAAGGAGAAAAGCCUUUUCCACUUGUACCUCCCAUUUCACUGUAGUAAUUAUCUUUUUCUCAGCCACUCUUUUCAUGUAUGCCAGGCCCAGGAGGAUCCAUCAGUUCAACCUCAACAAAAUAGUGUCUGUCUUUUAUGCUGUGUUCACUCCAGCGCUGAACCCUCUAAUAUAUUGUCUGAGGAACAAGGAGGUGAAAGAAAUUCUGAGGAAGAUUAUAAGCACGAGCUGCUCUGCACAUCGGUAA